AUGAAAUCAGUAUACAGGCUCGUAUCUACGGUUAACCAAUUUUACAGAGAAAUAAAUCCUUCAACCCUUUCUGGCGCAAUCGACGUCGUCGUUGUUCAACAGCCUAAUGGCGAACUUGCUUGCUCUCCUUUCCACGUGCGUUUUGGCAAACUUUCCGUCUUGAGACCCCAAGAAAAAAAGGUUGAGGUUACAGUUAAUAACGAAAUUGUUGACUUCCCAAUGAAAAUAGGGGAGGCAGGUGAAGCCUUCUUCAUUUUUGAAACUGAAAAUGUGGUGCCAGAAGAAUUUCAGACUUCACCACUUGCCGGACCUAGUGAUCCUUUGCCGAACGUUGGAGGGAUUCAUCCGAACAAACUUCCCCAAUACCAAAGGACAGCGGUAAAUUUAAUUGACUAUUCAGCUGGCCAAUAUAUUGAGUUCCGUACAGAAGACGGAUAUGAAGGAGAUAUUGAACCGAAGGUUUUUGGAAUUGUUGAGGACUCUAAAAUUUUCAUCGGUUCAACAUCUGAAGAUGUUACUAUCGUUGAAGCGAUCGAUGGCCAAAAUCUGCUAAACGAUGAUGUCGAUGAAAAAUACCUUAUCACGAAUGACCAGGACGAGAAAGAUGCGAAUGUGGAAAUUCAUGUACAACGCCAGGAGGAAAUUUUGAAAUCUGAUGUAAUGCUGGCUAUUAGUGAGGUCGAAACUCUUUCUGAAACUCCAAAGCAAAUCGAUUCGACAUUAAUUGAUGAUAGGCAUUCCGUGAUUGAGGUUGAAAGCAUCGAAAAAAAAAUUGAUCAGUUGGACGAAGUUCACCUUAAUGACUCAUUUUCGGAAAGGGAAACAUACACCAACUUGCACUUAGAAGCCCAAUAUGACGAGAUAAUAUUGCCACCGAUCGAAGAAAGAGAUGUAUCGAAAGAUUUGGCUAUUCACCUACCUUCAGUUCAUUCAAAUUGGGAAAACUCAGAAGGUCCAUUUUCCGACACAGAAUUGGAUGAGACGCGAAAACCCGAAAAACCUUUGGAGCGGCGGACACACAGGGACAGUCCCUUAAGUGACACAGAAUUAGAAUACGAGCCUACGAAACCUUCGAAAGAUGGAGGAGAAUGGUCAUGGGGAUGGGGAGCGUUGCCGGUGAGGACAUCCGAGAAAAUGGAACAUUGGCAAGAGGGUACUGACGAUAAGGAAAGGAAGGAUCGGGAAAACCAUUCAGAAAAUUCAUCCGGUGUCGAAAUUGAUGGUAGGACUCAUCGUUUUGAAAUGUCACUUUGUGGCAAUGAUGGUUUUGGAAUGGAUGAGAAUACUGAAGCUGAAAUAUUUCGCAAGAAACUUGUCUCAUUCGAGCAAUUCUCGGAAAAUCCCCAACUGUUGAAUGAUAAGAGUUUGGUUAUAAGAUAUAAUGAUCGAUAUUACACCUGGCCUACCGCUGCACCUUUAAUUACUUCCUUAAUUGUGUUUAACAAGUCACUUCCUGAGACGGCAGUAAAUACAUUGUCUAGUAAUCGUUUGAAAGAUCUGAGGUCACCGGAUCGAAGGGAAUACAGUUUGCGAAGCUGGAGUCGGUGGUGGUCUCGAUCUGCUAGUUCGCAACACACAAAUGUCAAUGAAAUAGUUGAAGGGGAGCCUAAGACUGACGACAAAAGUGAGGUUAUUUCUCAAGAUGCAAAAAAACCAACCAAAUUUUACGCAAAAACUCUUCGUCUAACAUCAGAACAGUUGAAAAGCCUCAACCUAAAAAAAGGUGUCAAUACCAUGUCAUUUUCAGUUCCCUCUUCUUAUCAAGGCAAAGCUACUUGUGUGGCAAAAUUGUUCUUUUGGGAUUAUGAUACUCAGAUCGUUAUAUCUGACAUUGAUGGAACCAUCACAAAGUCGGAUGCUCUUGGUCAUGUUUUCACUAUGAUCGGAAGGGACUGGACUCAUUCGGGAGUGGCCAAAUUAUACUCGGACAUCCGAAGGAAUGGAUAUCAAAUAUUGUAUCUAACGAGUCGGGCUAUUGGUCAGGCGGAUUACACAAGAGAUUAUUUGGAAAAGGUCAAGCAGGACAAAUAUCAAUUGCCUGACGGUCCCGUGAUAAUGUCGCCUGAUCGUCUAUUAACGGCAUUUCAUAGAGAAGUGAUAAUGCGUAAGCCAGAAGUUUUCAAGAUGUCGUGCUUACGCGAUAUACAAAAGUUGUUUGGAGAUAGAAACCCAUUUUUUGCAGGAUUUGGAAAUCGGAUAACAGACGCAUUAUCUUACCGAAGUGUAAAUGUCCCAUCGUCGAGAAUUUUCACGAUUGAUUCAAAUGGUGAAGUUAAACUUGAGUUACUAUCAGGCUAUAAAUCAUCAUAUGUCGACUUGAGCGAUCUAGUUGACCAAAUGUUUCCUCAUAUUGGUAGCAACAAGUGGGAUACGGUAUACAAUGACUGGAAUUAUUGGAAAUCCGAUAUUCCGGAGAUCGAAUUACCCCCGGAAAUAUAUGAAACGAAGUUAUCAACAGCAUUGUCACCGAAAUUAUCACCCAAAGUGAAUGGUUCUCAAAGGUUGGAAGUAAUUCGAACAUUUACCGGAAGUAUUGCCGGAGGGAAUAAUGAACAGAAAAUAUUACUUCAGGGCCGCACAGAAGAACUCGAAGGUUCUAUUUCAUUAUCUCCCAAAAAGUCACAUGACAAUUCAAAUAACACCGACAUAAAUGGUAACUAUAAGGAUAAUGUGAUGUCCCUAAGUAAAAGGCGUACGUUAUACGUUGGAGGAGAUGUUGACAUGCCAGGUCGAAUGAACAUACAUCCUGAACGUGACGAAGGUGGAACCAUUAUCGGAUAUGAUGAAGAGUUCGAGGAUGAGGAAGAAAUGAUAGAUAACGAACACGAAGACUCACUGUGCUCAAGUGAGGAUCAGGAUGAUGAAUAUGAAGAUGACGACAUACCUGCAAAUAUUGAUUUAACCAAAUAUCCUUAUUAG